AUGACCACUUAUAAAGCAGUAAACCUCCCUGCAAAUGACCUAGCUUACACUAACAAAGUGUUUGUCUCCCCAUCAGAAUAUCAAAGACUCCUAGCCCAAUCCAGAAGAGAGCCAGUUUAUGUCGAAAUUUCAGGUUUUGUGCUAACAGUGCAACCUCAUCCGAAGCUGACAGAAGGUAUUGCAAUGAGCAAGUUCAUCAGAGAAAUGGGCAGAAUCUCCUUAGUAGAUAAUCUUACACUCAAAAUAUUCCAAUCUCCAGCAGACUUUUAUCUUGGGUUUGCAAAUAUUGAUGUUGAGCUUAUCGGGAGAAAAAAAGGUGGCUCAGCUGUUGAAAUUCCUGAAGAAGUUCUUGAAAGCAAAUUCAGAGAAUGCAUGAAUGACAUGGUUUUAAACCACAACCAAACCUUACUAUUUGAUUAUCAAGGAAUGCCUUUACAAAUGACAAUUAAAAGGCUCACAAGUAUGGAUUUAAUCAAUCCAACGCCUCAAGAAGAAUCUACUCCAUGCCAAAGAGGGAUUUUACACCCUCAAACUUCUCUGCAGUUUGAGUCAAUAUCCCCAGUAAAUUUAUACUUAUAAAGAUAGCUGCAUUAUUAUUAAUAAUAUAAUAAUACCUAUUAUCAGUCUGACUAUUUAUAUAAAUAAAUAUAGAAAUUAUCAGCCAAAAAAUCAGGACAAUCAAUAUUUUUGAUAGCAAAAGAUUCAAUUUUGAAGAGCUUGGCAUCGGCGGGCUUGACAAAGAAUUCCAGUACAUCGUCCGUAGAGCUUUUGCUUCUAGACUGCUCCCACCUCAAAUUAUCCAAAGACUUGGCUUAAAAUACGUAAAAGGGAUGCUUCUUUACGGUCCUCCUGGCACUGGAAAAACUCUUAUUGCCCGACAAAUCGCAAAAUGCUUAAAAGCAAGAGAGCCAAAAAUCAUUUCUGGCCCAGAAAUUUUUAACAAAUAUGUAGGCCAAUCUGAAGAAAACAUCAGAGACCUAUUUAAAGAAGCAGAACAAGAGCAAGCGGCCAAAGGUGACAAAAGCCAGCUGCAUAUCAUAAUUUUUGAUGAAAUUGAUGCUAUUUGUAGACCAAGAGGAACCAUUUCUGGGUCCACAGGAGUCCAUGAUACAGUUGUGAACCAGCUUUUAUCAAAAAUUGAUGGUAUAAAUUCAUUGAACAAUAUUUUGAUUAUUGGGAUGACUAACAGAAAAGAUAUGAUUGAUGAAGCUGUUUUAAGGCCGGGAAGAUUAGAAAUUCAUGUAGAAGUAGGAUUACCAGACGAAGAAGGCAGACAGCAAAUUUUAAGGAUCCAUACUAAGAAAAUCCAAGAAUAUGGAGCACUUGCUGAAGAUGUCGACCUUUUAGAAAUCGCAAAAAUCACCAAAAAUUACAGUGGAGCUGAAAUAGAAGGCCUCGUAAAAAAUGCAGCAAGUUUUGCAUUUGGAAGAGAAAUAGAUUUAGAAGACUUAGGAAAAGAAAUUAAUGUAGACAAUAUCAAGAUUAGAAUGGCAGACUUUAUUAAAGGAGUGGAAGAGUACAAGCCGCAAUUUGGGAUUGACGAAGCCGACUUAAACAGAUAUAUCAGAGGAGGCAUAAUUAAUUAUGGAGAAACCUGUGAAAAACUAGUAGAAACCUGCAAAACACUUAUAGAGCAAGUAAAAACUAGCCCAAGAACCCCAUUGAUGUCAAUCUUGCUAGAAGGCCCUCCAGGGACUGGAAAAACAGCAUUAGCCGCAAUGCUAGCUCUUCACAGUGGUUUCCCAUACGUAAAACUUGUAUCUCCAGAAAACUACGUCGGUUUUACAGAGUCAGGUAAGGUCACUGCAAUUGCAAAAGUUUUUGAGGACGCUUAUCGUUCCCCUCUCAGCUUAGUUGUCCUUGAUAACAUUGAAAGACUUAUAGAAUACGUGACUAUUGGUCCUAGAUUUUCCAACCCAAUUCUGCAAGCCAUUUUAGUCCUAACCAAAAAAGUGCCUCCACAUCCUGAUAGAAGAAUUAUGAUUAUUGGGACCACAAGUAAUGCUACUUUUCUAGAAGAUUUAGACUUAGUGAAAUCAUUUAAUGUGGUGCUAGAAGUGGUUCCUUAUAAGGUAAAUUAAAAUUCCUAUAAAAAUGACUGUAAUUUAUAUAGGAUAAAUUGUAAAUACCUGCUAGAAGUCAAGAAAUUAGCCAGCAGAGCAGAAGUAGCAGCUGUGUUGAGGAAAUACCCAGUAUCAGAAGAAGAGCUUGCUGAUAUUUUGACUGAUAUGACAGCAAUUUCAAUAAAACAGCUGAUGUUAGCUCUUGAGAUGAGCUUACAAGGUGAAGAAACUCUUACGAAAGAAAGAUUCUUGAGCUGCUUGAACUCCAUUUUAUUAUAA